UUUAGUUGUUAAAGUGUGUUUCGUGAUCACAAAUACACAUGUGUCGUGAUUAUCAGUCACUGGAAUAGUGAAAUAAAAAUGAUGACGAUGGACAUAACUAUGUACGGUCAUCAUAAUCAACAUAGUACUCCUUAUAAUUCUUCGGAAUCCAAUUAUUAUAACUAUUCGAACGAUUUAAAUCAUACGACUUCCCCUCAUCAAUUUCAAAAUUAUUAUUCUUCUAAUUAUCAUUAUGAAGAGCCCUAUUUGUAUGCGACAACUUCCGGGGAAUCGGCAGAAUGCCCUUCUUCUCCUCACAAUCUUAACUACUAUUCUCAACACGUCCAAGAAAACCCCAUCGUAAACACCGAUACAGGACUGACUUAUACUAAUUUGGAUUACGGAAAUAGUGCAUCGGGCUAUGCCCAAAACAACUACAACGACAACUAUUCGCGGAGUCAUUCUGACGUAAUUCAUCAUAAUGAAAAUUCAGAAGACUCCACACUCCAGCAAAACUACAUCCACGAAAACAAGUUUCAAAUUGACAUUAGCGAUAGUAGUAGCUAUUUAAUAAAUCCUGGUGCUCAAAGUACUUGCAUGGAGUUUCAACAUCUUCACAGGUAUAAACAAGAAUUAAUUCCCACAGAAGAUCAUUCUAGAUUAAGGCAGCAUCAUCCGCUUCAUACGCUUAAUCCUGUAUCCAUAGCUCAACCAGCUCUACCAACUUAUAAAUGGAUGCAAGUUAAGAGGAACGUACCCAAACCUCCUGCUAAGCUUCCAACUUCCUCUCUAAGCGAGUACCAAAAUGCCUCUGCGAACAAUAUUACAUUAGACGUCCAAAAUCCAGCUUCAAGAAGUUCAUGUUUAGGUUCGAAUGCUUCCAGUUUACUCAACCUCAACUGUUUAAAUACCGGCAGAACGAAUUUUACAAAUAAACAGCUUACUGAGUUAGAAAAAGAAUUUCAUUUCAACAAAUAUUUAACGAGAGCAAGAAGGAUAGAAAUAGCUUCAGCUCUACAACUGAACGAGACCCAAGUAAAAAUUUGGUUCCAAAAUAGAAGAAUGAAGCAAAAGAAGAGGAUGAAAGAGGGACUAAUACCUCCGGAACCUGUAGUGAAUACCGGAAGUAGUAGUAAUUCUCCUACGUCUGCAGUUAAUGCUUUACAAAAUGAGUCUGUUGCUGGAAGCAAUGAAAACAGUCGAGAAUCAAACUGAAUUAGUAGUGUAGAAAAGGAAUUGCAGCUUUCGAUUUCUUAGUCAUAAAAUCUAAUAGCUCAAGAGGUUUUAAAAUCUAAAUGUAAAUCACAAUAUGGUAGUAACUUAGAUAUCCGGAACCAUUCGGGUACUAAUUCGUCCGUAUAAAUGAAAAUCUUGAUUAAAUGACAUCAUCUUCUGUUGUCUUUCUUUCGCAAUGAUUUCUUGAACAAUUAGCUAGCAGAGAUACCUUAAUAGUUCAUAAUAUCUAGAGAUGUACUCAUUGUAAUAUCAGUAAAAUACUGAUGAUAAAGUCUUUGACUUCACUGAACUCAGAUUUAGAGUUGAUAGUAUCGUCUGCUUCAUCAUAGUCGUCAUUUUUGGUUUUAGUCCUUUGAUUCUAACCACAAGUCAAUAUAAUCUAGUAUAACGCAUUUUCAUCACUAUUUAGUAGAUUGUUGUGGUAACUGAAGUUUCUUGCCAAGUAGAGUCUUAAUCAUCAUCAUUAUUACUGUAUUAACUAAAAUCGAUGAGUUUAAUUCUUUUAUAGCCAAUUCAUAAAUUAUUUGUCGUUCGUUGUUUUGUUCAAGAAUAUAUAACAUCUUCUCCGUCUAAUUCGCCCUCAGAUGAUUCCUCGAUUUUCAGAAUUCAACUGUGUAGAAAACGCCUUGAUCUAGGGUGGAUUAAAGAGAUUGUUGAUAAAUCUGUAAUAGCAACAGAAAGAAAAAUGUAUGUUCUUGGUCAUGUAACUAUUACCGUUUCUGCUCUGCUAAUGUAUAGAAUUCUAUUUGCCCGGAUUGAUAAAGUAAAAUAGUUUGAAUUAACUAGUUUCUACUGUAUAUAUAGGGUGUUUCUAAAUUCAUGCG